UAAAGAGAUAUCACUUCCCCAACCCACAGCAGCCAUUUUAUUCAGCUGUACAAGCCAGUACCUUCAACUUCUUUGGGUUCCCAGAAAGCCUAAGGUGGUGGAAGUCCGGCAGAGGGCAUGAACGCAUCAUUUGAGAGUUAGCGACAAGGGCAGGUAAGGCCGAUACUACAAAUGUUGAUGAAGAACAAAGUUGGACUGUGCUUUUCUUAACCACCUAAGGAUGGAGACAGGGGAAAGAUAAUUCGCUUCAGACCACCUGAAUUGUUUCUGAAACCUUGGAUAACGUGCCACGCUUUAAGGAUGACGUUUCUUUUUUAAACAUUUGUUUUAUCGGUGGUCUUCGGCAUCUGCUCUGCUUCUCCCAAAAGACACUAUCAACAAGCGUAAAGCUGAUCUGAAGAAAUAAUCAUACUAAAACAAGCUUUGCAGAAAACCACAAGAAGAUUGUGAAGACCCUUUGUUAUGAGCUUCUAAACCUCAGGGAAUGCAUCACUAUGGCUGCAGCAGUUCAGCAGAGUGAGCUUGUUUUUGAGUUUGCCAGCAACUGCAUGGAAGACAUACAACAGUUGAAUGACCCCUCAGUCUUCCCCGCGGUCAUCGUGGAGCAGGUGCCCAGCGCUCACCUCCUGCAGGACUACUCGGGGCUGGCCUGCGCCGAGCACUCCUCGGACGUCAUCCACCACAGCUCCCUAGACGUUGCAGAAGAGCAGGUCAUUGUAAAUGAGGACGUCACUCUUACAGUGGAGGCCUCCUGUCACGAUGGUGGUGACGAGACAAUGGAAACCAUAGAGGCUGCCGAGGCACUGCUCCACAUGGACUCCCCUGGUACCCUCCUGGACGAAAAACGCAUUGCUCAUGUGGUGGUGCCGUUGAUGGGUGAGGUCAUCGCUACUCCGGUUACUCGCGUAUCGGUGACAGCUGAUGGAAUUCAGGGGGCAGCACAGCUUCCUCAGGGCCAGAGCAAGGGGACGGCAGCGAAGCUGGCGGAGCAGCCCAAGAAGAAGAAAGGAAGAAAACCUAAGCAGUCUAGACCCGAGUCCCCAACAACACCAAAUAUCCUAGUCAAGAGGAAAAGUAAGGAUGGCAAAGGAAAUACAUUGUACCUGUGGGAGUUCUUGAUGGCUCUGCUACAGGACAAAUCCACGUGUCCAAAGUAUAUUAAAUGGACACAAAGAGAUAAGGGCAUCUUUAAACUGGUGGAUUCCAAAGCUGUCUCUAGAUUGUGGGGAAAACAUAAAAAUAAGCCAGACAUGAAUUACGAGACAAUGGGCAGAGCUCUCAGAUACUAUUACCAGCGUGGGAUAUUGGCAAAAGUAGAAGGACAAAGACUGGUGUACCAAUUUAAAGAGAUGCCACAAAAUCUUGUGUGCAUUGAUGAGGAUGACGACAUUUCACAUGAUCAAUCAACUGACGUACCCGAAACAGAUAUCCCUUUUGACGAUCCUACACUUUCCUUUACAAAAUCGUCCGUCAGUAAAAAUCCCAGAACAAAGCACAGAGCUAAAGGCACAACAGUAAUAUCAGGCAGCAGAGCAGAAGGCAUAUCAAAGCCCACCGUAGUUAUGAAAUCUGGAGACUUCUCCAGCUCUUCAAAAAUGGUCAAGCCCUUGGGACUUAUACAGCAGCAUCAUUUGCCAAUAGUGUCUGCUGAAAUGUUGAGAACUUUGCAAAACAUCCAAGCACUGCAACCAGGGCAGCAUGGCUCAGUGUUUCGGACAGUCCAGCUGCUGGAGAAUCUGCAGAACGUUCAGGAGGGAAAGAUCACUGUUGGCGGCCUUCCGAAAAUAGAAGAACCACAAGCACGAGGCCAGACGGCGAGCAGCACAAACAACGAGACUCAGUUUCCGGUAUUUAUUGCUCCAGGAAACCAGCAACUUCACACGGUGACCUUACAGCCAGUGUCUCUGGCCACAGUCCUGGGCAGUAAGGACACCUCAGUAACCUUGGCUUCAUCACCCAAGUUCUUUCUUCAGACUGUGCCCUCUUCCCAGCCAAUGGCAGUGCUCAUGGAAAAUGUUGCAGUGACUUCUCCAAAAACGACAUCGCCUUCUUCCGUAUUGGCUGACGGCAGUAUCUCCAAUCAACAAGACGUUGCUGCCCAUUUGCAAGGAGAUAACGAGACGAUUCCCUUGCCUUCCUCUCCAACAGUGGGUUCUGCAACAUCUGUAGUGACGUUUGCAAGUGGUGGUCAGCAGCUUGUGUCUCAUCCUCCUGGGACAGUUAUUGCUUCUGUCAUCACAGCACCAGACACCAAGCAGAGUGUUUCUCAGAGACAGGAGACUCCGAACACUUCACCGGAAAGACUCGAGCAGGCAGAGAUCCAACUGGAUCAACACUUCAGGGUGGUGGUGGUGAAUGAUGGUUGGGUGGAAUCAGAGGCAAGAAGCCAUGACACUGAAUGUGAUUCUGGUUGAAGUCCGAUGUUCUGUCGUUUAAAGUACUUUAAAGUAGAGAACUCAAAGAGAUGCUGUUUGAUUUUUCUACUGCUUUCAGCACUUACGAUCACUAAAAUACUUUUUGGCACUUGGGUAUUCUGUGUGACAACACGCAUUGAGUUGCAGAACUGUCUAGGGUUUUUACAGGUGUGAGUUUCAAAAGUAUAAUGCCUUUCUCAAAUAUAAUCUGUUAAACAAACUAGAAAAAAAUGAAAUAACAAAUGCUU